CUCUCUCUCUCUCGUUUCUCUCUCUCUCUCCGCUGUGGCUCCGUGAUUCUGUCGCGUCUCCGAGACUUUGCUCCUCGCACCGUCGCUCUCUUCACACACACAGUCUCUCUCUCUCUUCUCCAGGUCACAAGCUUAACAGAGGUGCAUCCGAAUACUGGCUGACCUUCGGUUGUUUGAGGCUCAGAAUUGAGAGGUCAAAGGUCAUGCCCUCACUUUGAUCCCAGGUCUACUCUAUACACUCCCGUGACCUCAUGUUUCACACCUUCCCCAAUAAAUCCAGGGCCCAGACGCCUGCCGCCAUGGAGAAGACGUACUCCAUGACGGCACAUUACGAUGACUUUCAGGAGAUCAAGUACAGCAGUCGUUGCAGUAGCAGUACUCUCAGUAACGGGGUGAGCCUGCAUCUGGGCGGGUCGCUGGACCGCUACGGCCGUGGACGGAGUGGGCGGGAUAAAUGCGUGGGCGGGACCGGUCCAGGGGGCGGGACCCCAGCUCGCUGGAGUCGACGUGAAAUCUGCUUGCUGUCUGCGCUGGUUUUCGCGGCAGGAAUGUGCGUGAUUCUCGGCUGCAUGCUGGCACUCAAGUUCCUUUCGUUGGAGGCGCAGGACUCCCAGUGUCGUCAGGACUGCGUGAAACGACGCUUGCUGCUCAGGGCGGCACGAUUUGUUCAGGGAAACAUCGACCCGAGCGUCCAGCCGUGUUACGACUUCUACAGCUUUGCAUGUGGUGGCUGGCUCAGACGUCAUGGAAUACCGGAGGAUAAAUUAAACUAUGGAAUAAUCACAGCGAUCGGAGAACAAAACCAAGAGAAACUACAGCACCUCCUACAGACGCCGAUCCAGAGGAACGAACCUAACAGCGCAGAGAGAAAGGUGAAAGAAUUUUAUCGCUCUUGUAUCAACAUAAAGGAAAUUGACCGUCAGGGGGCGGGGCCUAUGACUGAGGUGAUUGACAACUGUGGUGGAUGGGACCUGUCUGGAGCUCCUCCAGGAGGGGCGGGAUGGGAUAUUGGCUCCGCCCCUGUAAGACCCGAUUUUAAUGAGAUGCUGUACAAGACUCAGGGAAUGUACAGCACGUCUGUCUUCUUCUCUCUCACUGUGAGCGUGGAUGACAAGAACUCUUCACGUAACGCCAUACGGAUUGAUCAGGAAGGCUUGACGCUGCCUGAAAGAACUUUAUAUCUGGGUCAGGAUGAAGACAGCGUGAAGAUUCUGGCGGCCUAUAAGGCGUUGAUGGAAAGAUUGUUGAGUAUGCUGGGAGCUCACAAUGCCACGCUGAAAUCUCGAGAGAUCCUGGACCUGGAGAUGAGACUAGCUAAUAUCACUGUGUCUGACUAUGAUGACCAACGAAAAGACAUCAGCAGUAUGUACAACCGGAUAACUUUAAAACAACUCCAGAAAAUGUCUCCAAGCUUUCACUGGAAGCGUUUACUGGAUCGAAUCUUUCAUGAUAAUUUCUCAGAGGAAGAGGAGAUUGUAGUUUUAGCCUCUGACUAUUUGCAGCGUGUGUCAGACAUCAUAAAGACCACAUCUAAACGAGUUCUUCAUAAUUAUAUGUUAUGGCGUAUCGUGGCAGCUCUGAGCGAGCAUCUCUCUACAGCAUUUCGUAGCACCAUUCACGAAUUCUCCCGUGAGAUCGACGGUACCGAGCGACAGUUAGAAUUGGGUCGUCUGUGUCUCACUCAGGCCAACAAACACUUUGGCAUGGCGCUGGGCGCUCUCUUCGUUCAACAUCACUUCUCACUGAAGAGCAAAGCAAAGGUACAGGAGCUGGUGGAGGACAUCAAACAUUCAUUAGAUCUGAGACUACAAGAGCUCGACUGGAUGGAUGAAGAAACCAAAGAGGCUGCCAGAACCAAGUUACAGCACAUGAUGGUGAUGACCGGUUAUCCAGACUAUCUGCUGAAGCCCGAGCUCAUAGAUGAAGAGUAUGGGUUUGAUGUAAGUGAGAAGACGUAUUUCAAGAAUGUUCUCAACAGCAUCAAGUACAACAUCAAACUCUCCGUCAAAAAGAUCCAUAAAGAGGUGGACAAGACAACGUGGCUGCUUCCACCACAGGCUUUAAAUGCAUAUUACCUGCCAAACAAAAACCAGAUGGUUUUCCCUGCAGGAAUUCUCCAGCCGACUCUGUUUGAUCCAGAAUUCCCACAGUCACUGAAUUACGGAGGAAUUGGUGCGAUUGUUGGACAUGAGCUCACGCACGGAUACGACGACUGGGGUGGUCAGUAUGAUCGCUAUGGUAACCUGAAGCAGUGGUGGACAGAAGAGUCCUACAGGAAGUUUCAAAAGAAGGCCGAAUGUAUCAUUAAACUAUAUGACAACUUCACCGUCUAUAACCAAAGGGUGAACGGGCGGCUGACACUGGGCGAGAACAUCGCUGAUCUGGGUGGAUUGAAGUUGUCGUAUUAUGCCUAUCAGAAGUGGAUUCGAGAUCAUGGUCCAGAGCGUCCUCUCCCAGGUCUGAAGUACACACAUGAGCAGCUGUUCUUCAUAGCGUUUGCUCAGAACUGGUGUAUGAAGAGACGAUCUCAGUCCAUUUAUCUUCAGCUUCUGACAGAUAAACACGCUCCUGAACACUACAGGGUUAUUGGCAGCGUCUCUCAGUUUGAAGAGUUUGCUCGUGUGUUUCAUUGUCCCAGAGGUUCACCAAUGCAUCCCGUCAACAAAUGUGCUGUCUGGUGACCUUUGACCCCUGGACCUUCUCUUCACUCGACCUUCAUUUACAGCAUACUCUGCAUCACCAUACACCAUAAAACUGUGAUGCUGUUUGAUGUUUACAGCACUUGAAUAGUGAACAAUGACCAGACAUGCUGAAAGCAAAUGCGUAACCUUUAUUUUCAUUCAUGCAUCUGUCAGACGCUUUUAUCCAAAGCCAUUUAAAGUGCAUUCAAGCUAUACACUUUAUCAGUAAGCUUCUCAUGUGCCAUAUGUUACAUGAAUUCGUUUGAGAUAUUUGUUUAUUUUUCUAUUCUGAGACAUAUUGUGUUAUUUAAUUCAAUUAAUGGCUGAUGAUAAUUAUGUGAAAUAUUGUGUAAAACCCACAUUUUGAUUCUUGUCGGAGUUGUGUAUGAAUGAACACAGA